AUGUACAACCCAUAUGGUGUACCGGGGAACCAGAAACCCCAGGCUACGGGUUAUUACCAACAAAUGCAGCAGAAUCAGCAACCUCAGCAACCUCAGCAACCUCAACAGCUGCAGCAGCCUCUGUCCUACAACCAAGUAGGAGGUCAAAACACGGGUUUUAGCAAUGUUCAGUCUGGUAUGAAUUCGUAUCUCAAUCCUCAAAUGUCUUCUCAACAAUUUACUGGGUACAAUCCUAAUAAUUCUCAAUUUAAUCAGGCAAAUAUUGGUCAGACAACUGGCAAUUACUACGGUCAGCAGAAUAAUGGAUUGCUAAAUGUACCAGGUAUCGAUUCUAGUGGGAAACCGGGAUCUAGUCAAUCACCAUUUGCGACUUCGAACAAUUUCCAAUCACCUCCGGCGCAGCAAAGUCAAGGAACAGGAUAUCAUAACGUACCUUUUCAGCAACCUCAAAUACAGCAACCUCAACCCCAGCAGACCCAGCAGAACCAGCAACCCCAACAAGUACAACAGACCGGUAUGCGACCUCAGCUUCUAGCUCAACAGCGCACAGGGCCGCAACCUCAGCUAUUGCAGCAGCAGCAGACUGGUUUUGGCCAAUCUCAGCCAUUGCUACCUCAGCAAACUGGGUUUUACAUGCAAUCGUCGCAACAGCAAGCUCCCUUGGAGCCAUUGAGACCAACUGCCACUGGCUUUGUCAACUCCUUUGCUAAUAACGGUAUCAAUAAUGAUGUAAAUAUUCCAGCAAGAAGACUUUCCUUCAUCACUGCGAAUGAUCAGGCCAAAUUCGAGAAGUUGUUUCGGUCAAGAGUGGCGAAGGGAUCGAAUACUAUCUCAGGAAAUGACUGUCGAGCAAUUCUAAUGAAAUCUGGGUUACAGCCAUCACAGUUGGCCAAGAUCUGGGCUUUGUGUGAUUCGAGCAAAGCUGGUGAGCUACUCUUUCCAGAAUUCGCCCUGGCCAUGCAUCUAGUAAAUGAUGUCUUGCAAGGUGAUUCAAUUCCAUAUGAGUUAGACACUAAGACCAAGAACGAGGUUUCCAGCUUUAUUGAUGCCAUCAAUUUAAGUAUUGCGUCACAGAGCUACACUGAUUUGUCCCAGGCACGUACACCUUUCGACCAGUUGGUCAACCAGGGUACAACCGGUUUGCAGGCGCAAAACACUGGAUUCAUGCCCCAAACUAGCUUUGGUAUGCCUUUGCAAACUCAAAUUACUGGUCGCCCUGUUAAUAAUGCACAGGAUAAUUUUGCCGUUCCUUUACAGUCUCAAAUAACUGGUGGUGCAGUCUCUAAUGCGCAAAAUAACUUUGGUGUUCCUUUGCAAUCUCAAAUAACUGGUGGUGCAGUCUCUAAUGCGCAAAAUAGCUUUGGUGUGCCUUUGCAAUCUCAGAUUACUGGUGGCGGUUUACCUGCCACCCCGAAUAGUUUUGGUAUGCCUUUACAAUCCCAAGUUACUGGUGGUGGCUUAAAGUCCCAAAAUACCGGCUACAUGCCACAAACAAGUUUUGGAUUGCCAGUGCAGCCCCAAGUGGGGCCCCAGCUGAACCAACAGCUCACCGGGAACAGACUACAAUCCCAGAAUACAGGUUUUAUGCCUCAGACGUCAUUUUUGCAAAAUCAAGUUACCGGCAAUGGUAUGCUGCAACAACAAACUACAGGUGGAUUCGCGCCAAGCUUGCCGAACCAAAAUACUGGGGCCUUCAACUCGUUUGCACCGCAAAAUACUGUUGGGGCCAAUAUCGCUCCGAACUCACAAACUUCGAUGAAUGGGGGGAUACAGCAACCCCAGUUCACAGGUGGACCCAUUGGUACUCAGCCUUCUGGGAACACGUUCCAGCAACAGAUAACUGGCGGGCCUCUUGGUACAUUACCACCUCUACAGCAGCAGCAGCAGCAGCAGCCAGUUGGCCCUUCAGCCGCAAACUUGACAACCCAGUCCACGGGCAGUUUAAUUCCUCAGCAAGCUACUGGACCUCCUAUUGGAGCACAGCAAUUCGGUGGCUCUCAAAAUCAGCCUUACAGAGGAUUUGCAACCGCCGUGCCUUCGCAAUCAACUGGUAAUCUUUCGGCCUUGCAAAGUCAGCAGACAGGAUAUCUCCCACCUUCUGGUUUCAAUCCUACAAUGCCUUUGACUGCCCAAAAGACCGGUUUUGGCAAUAAUGAAAUUUACGCCCAAUCAAACUUUGGUUCGAAUUUCAAUGCUGAAAGUGAGGACUCUAUCACGCCUGAAGAAAAGUCUUUGUUUUACAAAAUUUUCGAAACUUACGAUACAGAGAAGAAAGGCUUGUUAGAAUCAACAUCUGCUGUAGAGAUCUUCAGAAAGUCAGGGCUCAAUAGAAGUGACUUGGAACACAUUUGGAAUCUGUGUGAUGUUAACAACAGCGGGAGCCUCAAUAAGCAAGAGUUUGCACUCGGUAUGCAUUUGGUUUACCGUAGAUUGAAUGGGUACCAACUACCUAAUAGGUUACCACUGAGCUUGAUCCCUUCCAGUACUAAGAUUAUUGAUAAUGUCAAGAAUCAGCUCAAGAAUACUAGAUCGAACGAAGGGAAGCAAAAGACUGCUAAAAUUGAUGCUCUGAGCUAUAAAAACAAUGACGAUGAAGCUGCCUUGCCCAGCUUCAGGAACCGUAGAAAAGUUUUUAGCACGGCCAAUGAGAAACCCGUCAGCAGUGUCGGUGCCAGCAGUUCAACCUCGGAUGCUAACAAGAAGAAAGAAAAACUUGCGUCUUUGAGAAAAGCCAUCAAAGAGAAGAGGGAUCGUUUGAAUGCCGAAAGAAACCGCGAGCAGUCUACUUCUGAGCAAGACGAAUUGAGACGUAUUGAAACUCUCAAGGCAGAGAUUAGAGACUUGCCUCAAUUCUCUAAUGUCGAAAAUGAUGCUGUUCCGGCUGAAUUAAGGGAAAGGUUUGAUGGUAUCAUCUCCAAAUUGCCACAUCUAUUCUCUCAGAUCACAGAUGCUGACAACGAAAUAACCAAUGCCAGAAUCCAGCUGUUCAAAAUGAAAACCCCAUCUUCAAUUGUUGGAACAGGGCCAAAUGGGGAGAUUACUGAAGACGAUAGAAAGAAGGCUAAGAGCAAGGCCCUACUAAAGGCCAGAAUGGACGCUUUGACAGGGAAGCAGGUAGAAGUGGCUGAUUCGCUUGAUCAAGAAGAAAGAAGAUACAAUACGGAAAUCUCCAAGAUCAGAGAUGAAAGCACCAAGAAUCAACACAUUAUAGAUGAUAUCAGGCGCUCCAUUUCGGAGAUUUCUGCCUCUCUCAAGUCCAAUCUGAACGGAGGAGUCAUCAAUGGUAACCCGGCUGAUUUUGGUACGUGGGAGUUUGGAGUUGGUUUAGAACCCGAUGUCCGUAGAUUUAUCAACGCCUUGAAUUCUGCUAAAUUGUCAACUGCAAGACCAAACAAUGCUUCGUCUGCCGUGAAGCCGCAACAGAAUGCCGGAAACGUUUCUCAACCUCAAUCCAGCUCUUACAAUAGCAGAGAACCAGUUGAAAAUGUAGGUCCUGGUUCUUACUCGAGUGAUCAAACAGGGUCUAACUCACAAAAAGCUAAGCCCGCUGAAGAGGACGAGGAUGAGGAAGAAAGACAUCUGAGAGACCAACUAGAGAAGUUGAAGCUGAAGAAGAAGGCGGACAAAGAGAGAAGGCUAGCUGAAUUACGCAGACAAAUAGAAGAAGCCGAGAAUGAUUCUGAGGAUGAACAGGAGAUCAAUCAAAACGCAGGUACAAAGGCUCCUUUAUCAUCUUCUGUUCAAGGCAGCACUCCUUCCUUGGACCGCAACUCUCAACCAAACGCGCAAAGCACAUCGACACCCGCUGUGGUUGCUAAUUCUGUACCUCCUGUCACUUCAACGCCCACAGGUGGUAGAAAUCCAUUUUUCAGGCAAGAGAUCUCAUCGACCUCAUCGUUUGAUGCAAAAGCCGCCGAAAAUCAAAGGAGAUUACAAAGAGGUUUAGGUGAAGAUGAUGAAAGCGAUGGCUGGUCUGACGAUGAACCACAACAAAAACCUGUAUCAUCACCAACCGCAGAUGAAGCCGACGCUAAGAAAGCGGCACAGGUAAAUACUCCAGUAGCUCCGCCGGCUUCUCUACAACCAUCAGUAACUAGCUCCUCUCAAGCUCCAGCUGUCCCUCUGGCUCCUCCAUUGCCAGCCGUCAGUCAGACCGUUCCACCAGCUGUUGAGAGCUCUGAGCCUGUCCCAGUGGCCCCUCCUCUGCCACAAGUAACAGGAUCGAAUACUGCACCACCCGUUCCAACUGCACCACCUCUGCCACAAGUAACAGGAUCAAAUAUUGCACCACCUGUCCCAACCGCUCCACCUCUGCCACAAGUCGGCUCUGGUUCUGUAUUUUCCAUGCCCCCUCCACCCUCGUUGCCUGGUGCUAAAGUACAAGCCCUGACCCCAGCUCAAACUCCUCAGUUAGCUGAGACACAGAAUGACUCUGAUGACGUUUUAUCGAUCCCUGAUUCAGUCGCCUCUGAGGAAGAUGUUAAUGAAUCUGCACCCACAGGUAUUCCACCACCUCCGCCACUUCCUUAA